AUGGCUCCUGCAGCAGUUGAGCAUGAGGUUGUCGUGCUCCCCUCCAAGGCUGACACCCAGCACCGGGAGUAUCUGAAGCCUUCGGGUGCCUUGGACCAGUUCGAGUCCUUCGAGGUUACUCCCAUCAUCGGCACUGAGUUUAAGAACGUGAACCUGGUCGACUGGAUCAACGCACCCAACGCCGAUGAGCUCAUCAAGGAACUGGCCGUGACUAUCUCCCGCCGCGGCGUCGUCUUCUUCCGCGCCCAGGACGACCUCACCAACGACCUGCAGAAGAAGCUGAUCCACCGUCUGGGAGAGCUUACGGGCAAGCCCGCCGACUCAACCCUUCACAUCCACCCUGUUCUUAACGACAGCCGCGAGCUUGGCGGAAGCGAUCCGGAGAUCAGCACCAUCUCCUCGGAGCAACGCCGCAAGUACUACGACCCCGUCAAGUCGGCAGCGCUCUCAGGCAAAACCCAAGAAUCCGCACAAUGGCACUCGGACAUCCAGUUCGAGCCCGUGCCCGCCGACUACACCUCACUGCGGCUGACCGAACUGCCCCGCACCGGCGGCGACACUCUCUGGGCCUCGGGCUAUGACCUCUAUGACCGUCUCUCACCGCCCUACCAAAAGUUCGUCGAGACUCUCUCUGCCAACUUCGAAGCCCCCUUUUUCAACGACGUCGCCUCGAACGGCGGCUUUUCCGUCUACGAGAAGCCGCGCGGCUCGCCCGCCAACACGGGCUCCGUCCUGCGCGCCACCCACCCCGUCGUGCGCACCAACCCCGUCACCGGCUGGAAGAGCAUCUUCCCCGUCGGCGUCUUCCCCAAGACCAUCAACGGCCUCACCAAGCAGGAGGGCGACCACCUGCUUAACUGGUUCCUCGACCUGCUGUACAAGAACCACGAGCUGCAGGUGCGCUUCCGCUGGCAGAACAAGAAUGACAUCGCCAUCUGGGACAACCGCAGCGUCUUCCACUCCGCCACUUUCGACUACGACCACAUCGGCCCCCGCUUUGGCAACAGGGCCGUCGGAAUCGGCGAGCGCCCCUUCUUCGAUCCCAAGAGCUCCUCUAGGCGGGAGGCGUUGGCGAGGGAGGCCGAGGGUGCUGUCAGCGCCUAG